AAAAACACAAAACUUUGGGUCCAUUUCCAGACUCUAGAACAAGAUUCUAGAAAUGUUGCCUUUAAACCCCACAACAAGAAAAGUAAAAGAAGGAAAAGUUUAAAACUCAUAGAUGCCAUUGCAAUGCCACCGCUUCUUUCAAGUCCCAGAUUCUCUCCCUCUCGAACCUCACAGAACUCUCACUUCUGCCAUUUCUUUCCCUCAACAACCUCCACACUCAAAUUCCUCAUCACCAAAACUUUAAUCCCCACCUCCAUCAUUACCAUGUCAAUUUCCACCUCUUCUUCUUCUUCUUCUUCUUCUUCUUCACAACCCAAAGAAGACUUACACAACGAAAACCUUAUACAAGUCCUCAAAUACCACAACCAAACCAAGCACAACUUCGACAAGUACGCACGAGGACCACACGGCCUCGACUGGGCUAACCAGCCCAACCCUUUUCGCCGAUACCUCUCUGCUCCUCUCCUCCCUCUCCUUCACUUCCCAACUCAAACCGAACCCCAAAAAAACCAAGCUUUACAGCAAAACCCCGAUGAUGCAUAUGCCCCUCUAUAUUCCUCUCUCUUCCUUUCUCUCCCUCCUCCAAAACCCAUUUCCCAUUCCACCAUUUCUCAAUUCUUCUAUGACUCUCUCGCUCUCUCAGCUUGGAAAUCCACUGGAUACUCCACCUGGUCUCUCAGGGUGAAUCCCAGUAGUGGUAACUUGCACCCCACGGAAGCUUAUAUUAUUGCUCCACCAAUUGAGUCCUUGUCUAAUUCUCCUUUUGUUGCGCAUUACGCUCCAAAAGAGCAUUCUUUGGAGCUUAGAGCCGAAAUCCCAUCUGGGUUUUUCCCCAAUUUCUUUCCUGAGAACUCUUUUCUAGUGGGGCUCUCCUCCAUUUUCUGGAGAGAGGCUUGGAAGUAUGGUGAGCGCGCCUUUCGGUACUGUAAUCAUGAUGUUGGCCAUGCUAUUGCCGCAGUGACAAUGGCUGCAGCGGGCCUUGGUUGGGAUGUGAAGCUUUUGGAUGGUCUAGGAUAUGUGGAAUUGAAGAAGCUUUUCGGGCUUGAAGUUUUCCCGGAAUUCAAAUUCCCCUCUAGGCCUGUUAAGGGUAAGUUUCCGGAGAUUGAAUUUGAGCACCCUGAUUGCUUGCUAUUAGUUUUUCCUAAUGGAAUUGGUAAAAAAUUUGAUGUGAAUUAUAAAGAAUUGAGUUCUGCAAUUUCGGAGUUUUCUAAAUUGGAGUGGAAGGGGAAGCCUAAUUUGCUUAGUAAACAGCAUGUUUGUUGGGAUAUAAUUUAUCGAACUGCUGAGGCGGUGAAAAAGCCGUUAGUGAUAGGAGAUAGGCUUGAAAUUGAUCCAUUUAAGAGUAGUGGGGUUCGUAAUGAAGGUUCUUAUAAAGGUUUUACGGUUAGGGAAGUUGUUAGGAAGCGUAGAAGUGCGGUGGAUAUGGAUGGAGUUACUGCAAUUCACAGAGAUACUUUUUAUCAGAUACUGUUACAUUGCCUUCCUUCGGGUUGUGGAAGUGGAGGGAAGCAAAGAAGACAGCUGGCAUUGCCGUUCCGGGCGCUUCCUUGGGAUGCUGAGGUGCAUGCUGUUUUGUUUGUUCAUAGGGUGACAGGGUUGCCGGCAGGGUUGUAUUUCCUGGUGAGGAAUGAGGACCACUUUCAUGAGCUAAAGAACUCUACGAGUUCUAAUUUUGCGUGGGCAAAACCAGAUGGGUGCCCUGAUGAUCUCCCUCUGUAUGGACUUGAUACAUCUUCAGGAUCUCUGAAGGAUUCUUUGUAUUACAGGCUCUCUGAAAAAUUAUCGUGCCAUCAGGAAAUUGCUAGUCAUGGCUGCUUUAGUCUUGGUAUGGUGGCUCGUUUUGAGAGUACAUUGCGUGAGAAGAAUACAUGGAUGUAUCCUCGAUUAUUUUGGGAGACUGGAGUUCUUGGACAGGUGUUGUACCUUGAAGCUCAUGCUGUCGGCAUCUCUGCAACUGGAAUUGGCUGUUACUUUGAUGAUCCCGUGCAUGAGAUCCUCAAGUUGAAAGGAUCAAACUUUCAGAGUCUGUAUCAUUUCACUGUUGGAGCUCCUGUCCUGGACAAGCGGAUUAUGAGCCUACCAGCAUAUCCAGGCCCUAGUAUUGAUACAUGAUCGCAGGCUUUCCUUUAUGCUUGGAUCACAAUCAAGACUUUUUAACCCUUGCACAUUCCUUAUAAUUGAUAUAAAUAAAUAAUUCCCUGCCAAAUAGGUUUUACUUUGAUAGAGAACUUCACAUUUGUCUAAGGUUUUUGUACGAGACCAUGCCUGUAAAUUGUUUUAGUCUUUCAUGUAUUUGAUGUAAAGUUGAAUCAGCUCUAUCCUCCCUGUUCUUAUUCAGGUUAAACUUGAAAAUAAUAUUGAUAAUGUAAUUAUGUUGCUAAUGUCAUUUCACUUUUUUGUUUGAUGACAA